AUGGGUACCUUUACAUUUCACUGGCCUUACAAUGCGAGCGAGGUGUUCGUUACAGGCACUUUCGACGAUUGGGGUAAGACGGUGAAACUGGACCGAGUCGGCGACAGCUUUGUCAAGGAAGUGACUACAUUGCCUGUACAAAAAGUCCAAUACAAGUUUGUCGUCGACGGGAUUUGGACUACAGACCCUAAAGCACGUGAAGAACAAGACGGACAUAACAACGUCAACAACGUGCUGCUGCCUGAAGAAAUUAAGGCUUCCGACUCCGCCCCCACUAUGUCUGGCGUGACCCCUUACUCUACAACCGCGGCACUCGCUGCCAACGUUCCCAAGGAGCCCAAUGGGGAUCUCCCUGGUAGCUUCCCAGAAACUCCGGGACAGGAAUCCGAACAGACCUUUUCCGUGGAUCCCAUUCCAGCUUCGGGAGGUUAUGGUAACCCCGUUACCCUGAAGCCGGGCGAGGAAGUCCCUCGCCAGAGCACAUUCAACAACAACACCGUUGGCUCGACUGUCACUUUGGACAAAGAAUCAUAUGACAAGGGCCAAACUCUACCUGUUGACGGCUACCAAGCAACCAACACCAGCCCUGAGACUUUCGCAUUUGCCCCUUUUACUCUCCCCCCAAUCACGAACAAUAUGAUUCCUGAAUCCAGUCUUCCGAUCGGUGGACCCUCUCAGUCGUACACCGGAGGUCCAGCGCAGCAGGCAGCGCUGGCCGAUCCGGAAUACUUCAUCCAGUCCAGUGGCCCCACCUCGACCACAGCGGAACUCGCUGCUGGCGUGCCGCUGGAGUCAAAGGGCAAGGCCAACGCCAACAAGCCCGUUGAUGAGGUCCCCCGGGUGGUGAAGGACUCAAUUGCCGAGGCUCACAAGGACCCUGAGGCGACUGCGUACCAAGAAGCAGUCGACGAGAAGUACGCUACCGAGAACGAGCUUCACAAGAAAUACCCCGUUGAAAACUCCGCAGGGAGGUUCGUUCAGCCCGUUGACGAGGUUCCUCGGGUUGUGAAGGACUCGAUGGCCGAAGGUUAUAAGGACCCAGAAGCGGCUGCAAACCUGAAAGCAGUCGACGAGAAAUAUGCCACCGAGAAGGAACUGCAAGAGAAGUUCCCUGUCGAGGACUCCGCGGGUAGACAGACCAACGGUCACUACCCUAUCCCUCGGGCAGUGAAGGACUCGAUAUCCGAGGCUCACACAAACCCGGAGGCGACUACGAACCAGGAGGCACUUGCCGAGAAGUAUGCUACCGAGAAGGAGCUACAGCAGAAGUUCCCUAUUGAAGAGUCUGCGGGAAGGUUUAUUCAGCCUGUUGAGGAGGUCCCUCAGGUCGUGAAGGACUCGAUGGCCGAAGGUUACAAGGACCCCGAGGCGGCUGCAAACCUGAAAGCAGUCGAUGAAAAGUCUGCUACCGAGAAGGAACUGCAAGAGAAGUUCCCCGUUGAAGAUUCCGCGGGCAGGCAGAUCAACGGUCACUACCCUGUCCCUCAGGCAGUGAAGGACUCGAUAGCCGAGGCUCACAAGGACCCGGAGGCGAAUACGAACCAGGACGCACUUGCUGAGAAGUAUGCGACCGAAAAGGAGCUACAGCAGAAGUACCCUGUUGAAGAGUCUGCGGGUAGAUAUAAUAAGCCCGUUGACGAGGUCCCCCAGGUGGUGAAGGACUCGAUGGCCGAGGCUUUCAGGGACCCAGAAGCGGCUGCCAACCAAGAAGCAGUUGACGAGAAGUAUGCUACCGAGAAGGAACUGCACAAGAAGAUCCGUGUUGAAGAGUCUGCGGGUGCACCGGCGCCUACUAUCACUGCGGCCACCCAGGCCAUUGCGCCCCAUGUCACUGCCAGUGGUGUGGACUCGUCAGAUGUGUCGCCGCUUUCCACACCUACGGCGAACCGCAGCUUUACUGCUGCUACCCCAUCUUCAGUGCUGAAGACCACCGAGUCCAGUGGGCCAACUGUCACAACUGGCCCCGAGACUACUUCUACUGCCGAAACCUCGACUGCCGGAACCACGGCUGCCACGACUGCGGAUCCCGCAGGUCCCACUGUGACGACGGGAGUUGCGUCUGCUCAGGCACCUACCAGCUCGACCACUGGAGUUGAAUCUACCCAGUCUCCUGCUACUUCUUCCAAGCCCGCUUCGCCGUCUCGCAGAAAAUCCCACAGCACUGAAGGUGCUGCUUCUACUAUUGGUGACAAGAAGAAGAAGCACCGCCUGAGUGGCUUUUUCGACAAGAUCAAGGAGAAGCUUAAAUAA